CACCCAGCCCCACGUCGGCCCGCAAUCCGGCUGCAAACGCGUCCCGGGAGGCCCCGCUGUACGCAGGCGGGUAGCUCGCGAGCCCAGCCUCGCUCGUGCGCCUAACGCUCGGCGGGUCCCGGCCUGCUACGUCACCACAGAACCCUGCGGCUCGCGGGGCUCAGAGCCAAGUCCCAGCGCCAGCCCGAGCCCCCGCCACGCUGGAGCAAGAGAAGCACGCGCAGCCCCGACCGCUAAGGGCAGGCGCUUCACUUGCCCAGUGCGCACGCGCAAUGGCCCGCGCCCUGCGCACAUGCUCAGUAGCAGAAAGCCCCCUUCCCCCCACUUGGAGGAAGGGCACCGUUGUGGCAUGACAAGGGAGCGGGCGGGCGGGGAGGCCGCCGAGUAGCGCCCCUCCCCCCACGUCGCCAUGCCGCUGGAAAGCUUAGCUCGCAUCAUCAAAGUGCAGCUGCCUGCCUACCUCAAGCGCCUGCCCUUGCCCGAGAGCAUCAGCGGCUUCGUCAGGCUGACAGUUUCAGAAUGGCUGCGGUUAUUGCCAUUCCUGGGUGUCCUGGCACUACUUGGAUACCUGGCUCUUCGUCCAUUCCUCCCCAAGAAGAAACAGCAGAAGGAUAGCUUGAUUAACCUCAAGAUCCAGAAGGAAAAUCCCAAAGUAGUAAAUGAAAUAAACAUUGAAGAUCUGUGCCUCACUAAAGCUUACUGCAGGUGUUGGCGUUCUAAGACGUUCCCUGUCUGUGAUGGCUCUCACAACAAACACAAUGAAUUGACAGGCGAUAAUGUGGGUCCACUAAUACUCAAGAAGAAAGAAGUAUAGAGAAUCUCUAAUCCAUUAAAUCACGACUGAUGUGGAGUCAUUUAUACAUUUGUAAUUGCAGGACACAAUGUUUUAUGUACGUUGUGGAAUUUUUAGUCUAAUGGUUGCUGUAGAUUUCCUUUUGGUUUAACCUAUAGUUACAGGCAAGUGCUAGACCUAGGUCUGAUUUGAUACUUUGUAUGUUCUGAAGAAUCAUGUCUUGUGUAAAACUGUAAAGUAAACAUCUUUGUAAAUAGGCCUUUUUAUCUGAACACAAUGACCACUCCCAAUCUAACAAUUAAAUCUUUUCAGUAUGAAUGUGAUGUAAUAAACACACGACUCAUAAAGGGCCAGAUGUGUAUCUUUCCAUUGCUUUUAUUUUAGUCUGAGAUUGCUUUUAAGGAAGAAUGAAGACUGCUUUUCAGGAGAGGGGGGGAAAAACAUCCUGUUUUUGUCCUACUUAGUGGGUCAGAUCUUCAGCUGGUAUAACACAACUCCAUAGACUUCAGUUGAGCUAUUUUAGUUUAUACCAGCUGAGGAUUUGGCCUAAUGUGUGUAAUUGACUAACUCUUCUUUUUACCAUACCAAUCCUUCCACCCUGACCUGCUGCACAAAAUACAUUGUAAGAUGUAGCCAUGUCAGAGGAACAAAAAAUUGUUCCAAAGAGUAUGGAAAAAGAAAACUAAUAGCCAACAUUAUAGAAACAAAGGUCGUCUGUAUUCU